AUGGUGCCACCACGCAAGCGGCGCCGGCCCCGCUCGCUUGAUGGCAACGACACCGAGUUCGACCACCACGGCCACCACAGACAGCCGCGCUCCGGCUGCAUAACACGGUCUCGUGCCGCCACGGACUGUGCCCUAGCUGCCGCGGGAGCAGCUACCGGCCGGUCUCGGCGCGACUUUCUCUCUCCGCUCCCCAACGAGCUCGCCAUCCGCAUCCUCUCCUACUUGUCCGCCUGGGAGCUCCUCGACGUCUCCCUCGUCUCCAAACAACUCUCUGCCUGGGCUUCUAGUCCCCAGCUAUGGCGCGGCCUGUACUACCGCUGCUUUGUCCUGCCCAACGCCGGGAGUAUCUUCCAGCGCCGCCCUGACCGCGGCGGCGAUGAGAGUGUGCUCUACUCCUCUGUCCAUGACGUGGAGUGGGUGGCACGAGGUGGCAGCCUGGUGUCCCUGCCCAGGGAUGAACUUGAUGGCGAGAGCGCCGGCGGGGGUGCCAGGGAUGCCGACUGGAAGCGGGAUUAUAGGAAUUACCAUUCAUGGCGAAAGCUCUCCUGCAUCGUGGAGAUACCUCUGGAGGCCCCCGCGCCGCGCUCUCCAAUGACACUGUCCUGGGCAACGCCGUCGAUGGCUAUUCUUAGUGCUACUGGUGGCUCUCGUAGCAUGGUGGCUACUCGUACCAAGAAGCUACUGGUGGCUCGGGCAUCCAGGUCAGCAAGGGCGGGUGGCUCUAGUGUUUAA